AUGGUGUCUUUCUCGAGUCUUGUCAACGUCUUUGCAGCCAUCAGCAGCUUCUUGUAUACUCCUCUUUUGGACACAACACCUUCGGCUCAUGCAACGCCUGCAGCCCCUCACUUCGUCAUUUACAGCGACAAGUGGAUCUCUGGUGAGACCGGUCCUCCAGCCGUCAGUAGUAUCACAGGGUAUAAUGUCUUUGCCCUCUCGUUCUGGCUUAUCUCCGGUCCAGCUGAUCAAGCCGAAGAGUGGGCAUCGCUUGACAAUGCCACACGAGCAUCUAUCAAGACAUCAUACAGUAAUGCCGGAAUUUCUCUUAUUGUAUCUGCUUUUGGGUCCACGGAUGCGCCUACGAGUUCGGGAUAUGAUCCUACGACAGUCGCUAACAAUCUUGCGGCAUUCGUGUUGGAAUAUGAUCUUGACGGUGUCGAUGUCGACUACGAAGACUUUAAUGCCAUGAAUGCCGAGAACGGAUCAGCAGAAACCUGGCUGACGACUUUCACCAAAGCUCUUCGUGCAAAGCUUCCGCAAGGUCAAUACAUUUUAACCCAUGCACCUGUUGCUCCCUGGUUCUCCUCCUCGUACUCAAGUGGAGCUUAUUUGACAGUCAACAAGAAUGUUGGAUCUUUAAUUGAUUGGUACAACUUCUAUAAUCAGGGCACGACUGAGUACACCACAUGUACUGGCCUCCUUACGACAUCAUCGUCGACGUGGCCGAAGACUUCAGUAUUCCAGAUUGCAGCAGCAGGAGUAUCUUUAGACAAGUUGGUGAUCGGCAAGCCAGCCACCACUUCAGAUGCGAGCAAUGGCUAUAUGAACACCACCCUGCUUGCACAAUGUGUAGACAACGCUUACCAGCAAGGAUGGGAUGCUGGCGUUAUGGUGUGGGAGUUUCCCGAUGCCGCAGCGGCCUGGAUUAAAGCCGUGCGCUCGCUUGCAUUCCCAGAAUAA